AUGGAACAGCUGGAAGAUCUUCAAACAAUUUCUCACAUUAAACAUCUGGAGAAAGAUAUUUAUACAAUGAAAACAUGGUCUAGCAGUAUAAUUAAAAAACAAGAAGAACUGCAGAAGAAUUUAACAACUCUCUUUCACGCAGUUUCAAGUGCUGAACAGAAUGUAGCUUCUGUAGCAAAAAACAUAACUUUGACUAUUGUGACAGUAAAAACUGACAUAAGGCGCAUUUCAGGCCUAGUCUCAGAUCUGACUGCGUUGACAGAUUCUUUGCAAACACUGGAAGAUAAAGUAGAAAAAGGUGAAAAGAAGACAGUAAAAAAUCUAGGUGACCUGCUUACCAGUAGCAUCGACCGAAGUACAAAACUACAAAGCUUGGCAUCCAGUAACACAAGAAAAAUUGAGCAAAUUAAGACAGCAUUAUCUGAGCUAAGGAGUGAUUUUAACAAGCAUUCGGGUAGACUUUUGAAUCUCGAAGGUGACAGAGCAAAAGUUCUGAAGACUGUUACAUUUGCAAAUGAUUUAAAACCUAAGAUGUACAAACUUAAAAAGGAUUUUGUCAUCUUGGAGCCAUUAAUAAAUGACCUAACACUGAGAAUAGGAAGAUUAGUGGAGGAUGUAUUACGAUGGGAGAAGGAAAUUGCUUUACUAAAAGAGAAAUUGGCCAAUCUAACGAGUUCAAACUGA